AUGACAACUCCCCCCGAUACCGCUCUCUUAACAUCCACAAGCGAAUCCCUCGCUCCUCUCCUACCCAUCCUCGACGGCUUCGCCCAUCGUCACAAGAACCAGCAUUCUUCCUCACACUGGUGGUCUUCCUUUUCUAUCUUUCGCCGCGCCGUCCGCAAACUUGACCAAGAUCUUGUCGUCGCGCGCCCAAAGAAAAAGACAAAGUCUAGCAGCAACAAUGCGACAUCUGACAGCCACCCUGCUCUCGUCCGCGCAAAAUGGAUGAUGCGACAUAUUGUUCCUGGUGCUUUUGUUGCUUUCUCCCAACUGGCAGCCGAUAAUCAGCAUGCGCCUCUGGGCCUCCUCCUCCUCUCAGUCCUCGCCAGCACCCACACUUUACUAUCUCACCUCGUUCCGUCCGAGAAUGAACAUGAAUCGCCAUCAACGGAUGAUAUAAAUGCAGCAAGCACAGUAUCAGACACACCCGGUCCGCUUACAUCGACAGUGCAGUCAAUAGAAGCUGAGGCACCCAGCACUGAAACGGAUAUGGGCGUGGCCGUUUCACGUGAGGAGCUUCUUUUAUCAAAGAAGAAAACGGCCAAAUCAAUACCGAAAGUGGACGUACCCUCUAAGGACAUCCAAGUGAAAGAACGUAAACCAAAGACAGUAAAUACAGAUGCGCCGAAGCGUUCAUCAAAAGAUGACACCAAGGACAAACCAAAAAAGAAAAAGAAGAAAGGCGGCGACGCACUCUCCAGUCUUUUCGGCUCCUUAUGA